CAGUAGUUCGUAGCGGAACGAUCUGAAAGUAAGCUACUAAGCGUUCGGGCUACUAGCUAACAAGUUAAGCUUGAAAGUCCAGUUGUUGAAGUCCUAUACUACACGAUCGGCAAGCUAAGCUAAUCCAAUCGAGCAGUCAGUCUAUCCAAGCUAACAAGCCAAAUUAUCCAAGCGUUGCGUUCAAGCCAGCCAAGCUACUUCAACAGGUGGACCAUAAAACCAGGAUCAAAAAGUGUAAAGUGGAGCUGCAAGUCGGAGUGACUUUCAACUGACUUACGGCUUUCGAUAUGCGUAUGGUAGAAGAGCCUUAUGAACUUGGGAGGACCUCUCUUUCUAAGCUUGCCUCUGUUCUUUGCAUCCCCUUUCAUGCUUCAGUUGAUCAACCUAGCCCUUUCUCUUUGCAGAUGGGAAAAGAAAAUUGUUCAGCAAGCGUUAUGUUUCGAGACCACGUCAGGAAAGAUUGGAUAGUCAGUUUUUUUUUUUAGAGCCCUCAUUCUGUUUUUGUGUUUUUCAGACCCGCUCACAAAGGGGCCCCUCUCUGAUAAGGAAGGAAAGUGAAUUCAAACUUUAAUGACAAAUCCGGUCCGAUGGCUGUUCUCCACUAACCACAAGGAUAUCGGUACUCUAUAUUUCAUCUUCGGUGCCAUUGCUGGAGUGAUGGGCACAUGCUUCUCAGUACUGAUUCGUAUGGAAUUAGCCCGACCCGGCGAUCAAAUUCUUGGUGGGAAUCAUCAACUUUAUAAUGUUUUAAUAACGGCUCACGCUUCUUUAAUGAUAUUUUUUAUGGUUAUGCCGGCGAUGAUAGGUGGAUCUGGUAAUUGGUCUGUUCCGAUUCUGAUAGGUGCACCUGACAUGGCAUUUCCACGAUCAAAUAAUAUAUCAUUCUGGUUGUUGCCACCAAGUCUCUUGCUCCUAUUAAGCCCAGCCUUAGUAGAAGUGGGUAGCGGAACUGGGUGGACGGUUUAUCCGCCCUUAAGUGGUAUUACCAGCCAUUCUGGAGGAGCAGUUGAUUCAGCAAUUUCUAGUCCUCAUCUAUCAGGUGUUUCAUCCAUUUUAGGUUCUAUCAAUUUUAUAACAACUAUCUCCAACAUGCGUGGACCUGGAAUGACUAUGCAUAGAUCACCCCUUUUUGUGUGGUCCGUUCUAGUGACAGCAUUCCUACUUUUAUUAUCACUUCCGGUACUGGCAGGGGCAAUUACAAUGUUAUUAACCGAUCGAAACUUUAAUACAACCUUUUAUGAUCCUGCUGGAGGUGGAGACCCCAUAUUAUACCAGCGGUAA